CAUCUUCUUUCACUUUGAAAUUUCACUCUGCAACACUGUGUGACACCAAUAACACAAAGCUGCCCGUUUGAGAACUGGUGUCUUGUGGCUGUAUAUUUGCCGAUGGCCUGCUGUGAGAUCUAGUAUCACAUGUUCGUGGGGUGGUCCAUCUCCGACCACAGAGCUGCAUAGUGCAAAGCCUAAGCCUUGUGGGCUUCUGCAGGGUUACAGAUAACUGGCCCCCUGUUUCUGAGGUAGGCCAAUGGUCACACCCCUGGUCUUCAGCAGGAAGUAACACAUCAUUCUCUGUAUAUAACAGCCAGAGAACGGCACACUGACAAAACUAGAACUGUGGGCUUGCAAGUCGUACUUCACAUGUCUAGCAGUCUAAAACAAACGUUUACUGGCACACUUCUCGACCAUAAAAAGGGGAACUGGACUGGUUUAAGACAUAAAGGAAAACCACAGACUCGUUUCACAACUAAGCAUGAUGCUUUGCGCAGUGGAUCAGAGCUUCAUUUUCAUCGAAACUUUCAUCAGAGCAACACAUAUCCAGCUCAGGCGGGUUACUCUAGAAAGACUAGGAUGUUGAGAGUUCUCCUCUGUCUGCUGCUGGCACAUCUAAGGACUCCCGUCUCAUCAAUGAGUCUGACACAGCCCAGGAUCUCUCUCAGUUCUUCUUCAGAGUGUCCACUUGAACCAGAAGUACCCCCAAACUCACAGAGGGCAGGGGUCAACAUGGGACCCCAGAGUUUAGAGGUCACCAAAGGUCACAGCUUUUCCAUGUCCUGCUCCACUGACCCUCAGUACCCAGGAGGCUUCUUCCAGCUCCUCUUUAGCGGGUCGAACACCAGGAACGGGUCUGCAGUCAACCACUCAGCCUGCUUCCCCUUCCCUGAGGCAGAUUACUCCCACCAGGGCAACUACAGCUGUGUGUACAGGCUAAAUCACACCUUUGUCUCCGAUCAGACUGAACCAGUGGUUGUCAUUGUCAAAGCACCCUGGCUCCUCAUCCUUAUCGCUGCAAGUGGGUCGGUCCUCCCGUUCAUCCUGCUUCUCAGCAUCUUUGUCAUAUGGAGGCGUUGCCUUGGUAACAGGCACAGGAAAUCGUCUAUCAAUGAGGGUAGAUAUGCCAUGAACCCUGACGGCGAGGUGAGAUACGCGACGAAUGAGCCAGUAGAGGAUGAUGAGAGAGACUACGAGUCACUGGAUGAUGAAGAUACAGGAGAUUACGUGAACACAGCGACUCUGGGUGGGAGCGAGGAGAAUUUAGAUGAAGAGGAAGACUACGUAAACACAGCAACUCUGGGUGAUGGGGAAGAUGACUAUGAGUGCACAGAGAACUACAGUGAACACAGUGAUGGGGACGACUAUGUGAAUGUGGACCCACUGGGUGCAGGAACGUUCUGAAGAGACAACUGUCUGAAUGUGGAUGUUCUGAAGAGACGACUAUAUGUGCACUUGAAACAUGCAGUGAUGUGGUUUAGUUAAUGAUGUUACCGUAGAGACUCUUUUGGCCUUGCCCACAACUCUUUUGACAUUUCCCUGCCUUCCUGCCAAAAGGCAAAUGGCUCAAAAUUUUAAACCAAGUCUUGUAUUUUGUCCUUAAUUUUAUCAUUUUGACUUGUCUUUCCUUGCAUCUUAUCUUUGGUUACCUGUAGUGUCAUACUGAUGAGAGAGGUACCUUACUGUCUCCUGUAGUGUCAUACUGAUGAGAGAGGUACCUCACCGUCUCCUGACGUGCCCCCACCCUCUCCUGCUUCUGUGGUGGCAGAUAAACUUGAGCAGAGCCAUACUCUGUGUAGAUCUGUUUCUUUGUGUAGUUGGUAAAGUUCAUACCUGUUUAACCUCUACUAGAUAUUUACUUAGGCUUAAAACAGUAGUUUAAAUACCAAAUCACAGAUUGCCUCACAGUUGGAUGCUUUUAAAUGUAAUGUUACAACAUUUUCAUGGCAUGUUACAUUUCUCAUGACACCAAACAAUCCUCUCCUUUACUUCCUUAUCAGGAAAUGUUUAACAGAUUCCACCCAGAAGCAAAUAUGAAUGAAAUGGUGAACUCACAUGAAAUGAGUGGGGCUGUUUUAUUAUGACUCUGUAACAGAGUUAAAAAAUAUUUAAUUCAUUUCAUGCUGUGUGAAUAUACCUGAAACUCUGAAAUGUAUAGAUGAUAGUAAGUGUACAUGGUUGAAGAGUUAUGUCUUUAUUGUUUUCAAUGCAUAGUGGAUACGUUUCCUUUUGGAUGUUUAUCUUUUUUAUUUAGUUUUCAAUCAAGAGGCUGUUUUGCUAAUAUUUGUUAAAUAUGUUUUAUUUAUUUAUGUUUAAAAAAAUAAUAAUAACUACCUGUGGGUAUGAAAUCUGCUUGGUUGAUGUGCAUAGUGUAACUGCUACUGCUAGUGUAAUCCCUACUUUGGCUUGACGACCCAAGAUUUAAUUGUUUAAUAGAAGGACCCAAUAGCUAUUCUCUCAUGACACUUAACUUAAUAGGGUUUGGUUGUGUUUUUAUUCGAGUCACUGCAGUCUGGUGUUAGUUCUGCCCCUUUGUAUCUUUGUUUAAACAUGAAAAUGCUUCCACACUUACUAUGAUGACAUAACUCUGAAGGCUUGAUAAAUAAACGCUGUUACCAAAUAUUACUGA